AUGAGCUACAUGUUCUAUGUUGCGGUUCUCUUCAAUCAGCCGAUCGGGUACUGGAACACAUCAGCCGUGACAAGCAUGUGCUCAAUGUUUUACUUCUCGGCUGCCUUCAACCAACCCAUUGGCUUGUGGAAUGCUUCGAGUGUCAGGGACACGAGCUUUAUGUUCUUUGGCGCCAGUGCUUUCGACCAACCAGUUGGCUUAUGGGACAUGUCGUCAGUAGCCGACAUGCGAUCUAUGUUCAGAGGUGCCACAGCUUUCAAUCACGAAGUUGGGUCGUGGAAUACGGCAGCCGUGAGAGACAUGAGCCACAUGUUCAACAGUGCCAGUGCCUUUAACCGGUCGAUUGCUUCGUGGAAUACAUCGCGCGUGCGGAACAUGAGCUCCAUGUUCCUGGGAGCAGCGGCAUUUAAUCAGCCCAUUGGCUCAUGGAACACAUCCGCUGUAGAAGACCUGAGUCACAUGUUCUCAGAGGCGGUCAUAUUUGACCAGCCCAUUGGCUCGUGGAACAUCAAAGCUGUGGAUUUGAGUUACAUGUUCUUUGGAGCUACGGCUUUCAAUCAUCCGAUUGGAAUGUGGAACACAUCGCGAGUGACUGACAUGCAGCAUAUGUUCCAUGGUGCAAACGUAUUCAACGUACCCCUUGGCUCAUGGGAUACUGGUGCUGUGAAGAAUAUGAGGUCAAUGUUUCAAUACGCAGCCGCCUUCAACCAACCGCUCGGAGGUUGGAACACUUCCUUGGUCCAGGACAUGAGCCACAUGUUCAGCAAUGCGAAAGCCUUUAACAGAAGCUUGACCUCAUUGGACACGGCAUCGUUAAUUGCCAAAACGUCCAUGUUUGAGGGCACAAGCUCCUUCGACGCGCCACCUUGCCGCGCCGGGUUUGCUCCCGCUGCGAACGGUCUGGGCUGCCAGGCGUGCGCCGCCGGUCGCUACGCAGCGGCCGGGGCCUCUGCCUGCCAAGCUUGUCCGGCAGGCACGGCCCCCACGAAGGAGCGUGGCACAUGCUUGGAGUGUCCUGCUUUCGAAUAUUCCCCGGGCGGGACGUUAACUUGCCACGCCUGCCAUUUGCCGCUGAUGGUGGUGGACAAUCAGUGCGCUUGGUGGCAUUUGCCGCUGCUGGCCGUGGGGAUUGCGAGCGCCGUGGUGGCGGCACGGCUCGUGGCUGCACGAGUACGCGCCCGCAGAGCUUCCCAGAUCGAGACGCGCAUGAAGAUGCUGUAUGACGACUUGUGGGAGGAUCUGCCCGGCACGAUUCAGCAGCAUGCGACGAAGCUCCAACAUCUUGGGGUGGAUCCUGCUGCGUUCGAGUGUGACAUCGCAUCCAUGAGAGCCUUGCAGAGCGAGCGCGCCGGCGUUAGCAUGCGCUACCUGCUUUCAAGCGAGUUCAUGGAGCUGGCGACCAAGCGGACCGGUAAAGGCAACCCCUCCUUCAUCGAUAUGAAGACAGCCUUCUGGCUGCGCGAGGAUCCUGUUGGGCAGGAUGUGGUAUGCCCUCGCGAUGGGAGACCAGGCUGCGCUCUUGUGGACUGGAUUCCGCGAAGCGACCGCCGAGAGCAGACGCAUUUCAUGUCCUGGACCUGGCGCUACAGCAUGACGGAGAUGAGAAGUGCGCUGGAGAUGUUCAGGCAAAGCUCUCUAGAAGUGCCCGAGAGCGUCUUCUUCUUCAUGUGCUUCUUCGUGAACAAUCAGCACCGCAUCAUCGUCGAGGAGUCCGUUGCAGGAAGUGACAAUCUCGAGGAGGUCUUCGAAAGCAACCUCCGACGCAUCGGGCGCAUGGUGGCCAUUCUGGAUACUUGGGAGGAGCCUGUCUACUUGACCCGAAUCUGGACCAUCUACGAGCAGUUCGUGGCGUCGACGCUCCAGAUCCAGGUCGUGUUCGUGAUGCCUGAGGAGUCAGUGAGGUUUCUGCAGCAGCAAAUCUACUGCGGCAAGUCAGGCGUUGACAACAUCACAGCUUGUGUCCGGCGCGUGGAUUCUGCACGAGCCGGUGCUUGGAAGAAGGAAGACGAAGACAAGGUGAAGAGCAUGAUUCAGGACACCGUCGGCUUCGAGUUCGUGGAUCGUCACGUGACGGAGGUGAUGGUGCAGUGGAUUGGCGGCGUGGUGGAGGCGACGUUUCAUCAACUCCUCGACGCGGCGUGCGCAGCUUGCGACAGCUGUGACGCCUCAGAGUCCUUACGCUCCUUGCAUCCCUCUGCACGCAAGGAGCUCGUGCGAGGGAUCCCAGCUGUAACGUCGCAGUUCUGCCGCACUUCGAUGGCGUGUCGUCCCCUCGCGCUGCUCAUAAGCGUUGCCUUGCCCUUGAGCGCGUCUUCUGAGACUCAACGCUUGCGCACCCAACGGGAGCUGCGCGCUGCAGUGGUGUCCUGGGAGCGUGGCAGUGCACUGGAAAGGUCUGCCCUUCGUCAGCGGUAUGGUGAGAUUGCUGACUGGGAUGUCAGAGAGAUCACCAACAUGAGUGGCAUAUUCAAAGAUUUGCACAGCUUCAACGAAGACAUCAGCCGUUGGAACACCUCCGCGGUCAUAGACAUGAGUUCAAUGUUCGCAUGGGCCCGCGCUUUUGACCAGGCGAUAGGAUCUUGGAACACGUCAGCUGUUCGGGACAUGAGCUACAUGUUCCGCAAUGCUGAAGCCUUCAACCAGCCUGUCGGAACCUGGGAUACAUCUGGAGUCAAGGACAUGUGCAGCUUGUUUUGGCGUGCAACUGCUUUCAACCAGCCACUUAGCGCUUGGGAUACCUCAGCUGUACAUGAUAUGAGCUCCAUGUUUUAUUCCGCUGCUGCUUUCAACCAGCCUAUCGGUGAGUGGGAUACAUCAGCCGUGAAGGACAUGAAGAAUAUGUUUUCAGCGGCCCGUGCAUUUGACCAACCGAUUGGUUCCUGGAACACAUCAUCUGUUAGGGACAUGAGCUCUAUGUUUGCAGGUGCUCACUCCUUCAAUCAGGCGAUUGGCUUAUGGGACACUUCAGCAGUGAGGAGCAUGGAAUCCAUGUUCCACAGCGCGGGCUCCUUCAACCAAGCACUCAGUGCAUGGAACACCUCCGCAGUUCAAGAUAUGAGCUCGAUGUUUGAAGAUGCCAGGGCCUUUGAUGAAGCACUCGGUUCUUGGACCACUUCAGCUCUUCAAGAUGCAAAUUCCAUGUUCCGAUAUGCCGUCUCCUUCAACCAGCCCUUGAAACGCUGGGACACAUCAUCUCUUCAGGAUAUGAGCUGUAUGUUUUGCCACGCUGCUCGCUUCAACGAAUCGCUUGGACGUUGGGAUACGUCAUCGGUGAAGGACAUGACAUUCAUGUUUCUGGAGGCGGCUGUUUUUAACCAACCAAUUGGUUCCUGGAGCACAUCAUCUGUCAGGGACAUGAACUCUAUGUUCAAAGGUGCUGAAUCCUUUAAUCAGCCGAUUGGCUCUUGGGACACCUCUGCUGUGACAAGUAUGGAAUCCAUGUUUGAAGGUGCCAGCUCAUUCAAUCAGCCGCUGGGGUCGUGGAACAUAACGUCAUUGGUCAAUGCAAGAGACAUGUUCGAGGGCACAAGCUCCUUCGACGCGCCACCUUGCCGCGCCGGGUUUGCUCCCGCUGCGAACGGUCUGGGCUGCCAGGCUUGCGCCGCCGGUCGCUACGCAGCGGCCGGGGCCGCUGCCUGCCAAGCUUGUCCGGCAGGCACGGCCCCCACGAAGGAGCGUGGCACAUGCCUGGAGUGUCCUGCUUUCGAAUAUUCCCCGGGCGGGACGUUAACUUGCCACGCCUGCCAUUUGCCGCUGAUGGUGGUGGACAAUCAGUGCGCUUGGUGGCACUUGCCGCUGCUGGUGGUGGGGAUUGCGAGCGCCGUGGUGGCGGCACGGCUCGUGGCUGUACGAGUACGCGCCCGCAGAGCUUCCCAGAUCGAGACGCGCAUGAAGAUGCUGUAUGACGACUUGUGGGAGGAUCUGCCCGGCACGAUUCAGCAGCAUGCGACGAAGCUCCAGCAUCUUGGGGUGGAUCCUGCUGCGUUCGAGCGUGACAUCGCAUCCAUGAGAGCCUUGCAGAGCGAGCGCGCCGGCGUUAGCAUGCGCUACCUGCUUUCAAUCGAGUUCAUGGAGCUGGCGACCAAGCGGACCGGUAAAGGCAACCCUUCCUUCAUCGAUAUGAAGACAGCCUUCUGGCUGCGCGAAGAUCCUAUUGGGCAGGAUGUGGUAUGCCCUCGCGAUGGGAGACCAGGCUGCGCUCUUGUGGACUGGCUUCCGCGAAGCGACCGUCGAGAGCAGACGCAUUUCAUGUCCUGGACCUGGCGCUACAGCAUGACGGAGAUGAGAAGUGCGCUGGAGAUGUUCAGGCAAAGCUCUCUAGAAGUGCCCGAGAGCGUCUUCUUCUUCAUGUGCUUCUUCGUGAACAAUCAGCACCGCAUCAUCGUCGAGGAGUCGGUCGCUGGAAGUGACAAUCUCGAGGAGGUCUUCGAAAGCAACCUCCGACGCAUCGGGCGCAUGGUGGCCAUUCUGGAUACUUGGGAGGAGCCUGUCUACUUGACCCGAAUCUGGACCAUCUACGAGCAGUUCGUGGCGUCGACGCUCCAGAUCCAGGUCGUGUUCGUGAUGCCUGAGGAGUCAGUGAGGUUUCUGCAGCAGCAAAUCUACUGCGGCAAGUCAGGUGUGGAUGAGGUCACUUCUUGCGUCAGCUGUGUGGACUCAGAGCGAGCCAGCGCCUGGAAGAAGGAGGACGAAGACAAGGUGAAAGCACUCAUACGAAGUACGGUUGGCUUCCAGCACCUGAACCGUCACGUUCGUGAGGUCAUGAUCCGAUGGAUCCGCGCGACGGUGCAGAAGCUCUUUCGUGAUCGCUUGAACUCCCGCACGGCCUGCGCAGGGUGCGAGAUCGUCCGCACGGAGGUGUUUUGA